AUGGGAAAUCAACAAACAAGACCUAUUGAAGAAAAUGAUCCACAAAAGAAGAAAAGAGAACAGAUCAUAGAGGAGAUUCUUCAGACAGAGAGAAGCUAUGCUAAUUAUAUGUGUGUCAUUGAAGACCUAUAUAUAGAGCCAAUGACCAAGAAAUCGAUUGUCAAGAAAGAGAGUCUGGCAGAGUUAUUCUCAACGAUACAACCUAUCAUUCAGUUCCAUCGUGAUUUCUUCCAAGAGUUGGCUAUCUGUUACAACUCUUUCAAUUGGGCAUCACAACCGAUACCACUCACCAGAACCACCACCAAUGACGAUGGUACAACUGUAACGACCACAACCAUUUCAAAACCAUCGCCCACUGCCAAGAAACCACAAACAUCAUUGGAAUCAACCAUUGCCAUAACUGAUAUUUUUAACAAACAUAAAGCUAGAUCAGAUUCAACCUCAAAUGGACAAGAUCUAAAUUCUUUAUUGAUUAUGCCAGUUCAAAGACUACCAAGAUAUGUUUUAUUAUUAACUGAAUUAUUAAAAAGUACACCAGCUGGACAUGCCAAUAUUAAGAUAUUGGAAACAUGUAUUAGUAAUAUUAAAGCUGUAACUUCAUUCAUCAAUGAAGCAAAGAGAGAUGAUGAGAAUCAAAGUAAAGCAAAAGAAUUCCAAGAUGGUCUAAUUGAUAAAGUGUUAACAGGUGAGUGCUCCAUUCACAGUAUGUAUCCUGUUAAAGAAGAGGAGGCAAUCAUCAAGAGAAUUCAUAAGCACAGAAAGACAAAGUCUGCCGCCAAGGUAGAGGAUGUAUUCCCAGAGGAAUUUAAACUUGGCAAGGACUAUACAUUCUGUAUUUUCAACGAUUGCUUCCUCUUGAUGUCAAAGCCACCAAAGUCAUCAAUCUCCAAUCUCUUGAACUCCAGUAAAGUCUGGACUAUCAAUGAUUGUUCACUCUUGAAGAGUACUAAAAUCAUUGAUGUAUUGAAUAUCUUUGAUUUUAAACAUUGUGUAUUAUUAAGUACAGAGAGAUCAUGUUACUUUAUUCAAUUUUCAAAUGCAGAGAAUAAAGACAAGUUCAUCAAGACGAUUGCAUUCAUCAGUAAGAUCGAUUGGAAGAAAUCGAUGGCAGUUACCGAUGCCAACUUGGCUCAGACUACCUCUAAUGCAUACUCUAAUCUACCAAGUGUUCUUACAUUGCGUCCAACUGCACCAACACGAACUACUACCUCUACAACAACACUUCCCAUGCCAAGAAAGAAUCAUUCUUCUCGUUGGGUGUAUCAAAGAAAGAAGAUACCACAACAACAACAACAACAACUACCACCACCAACAACAAUAACAAGAAGAAAUAACCAGACAAAAGAUCAACACAGAUAUCAAAUACCAACUACUAUUUAUUAA